ACAACAUUCUGUCUCAUCUUUGUGCGAGACAGGGGCUCCGUGGCUCAGGAUGAGAGAGGCAGGGGUGGCCAACCCCACAAGGGAUCCGGAGAAGGGCAAAGACGUGGAAGGUCUGACAAAAGGCCUGGAGGAGCUCUGCGAGAGCCCUGAAGAGGAGGAGAGUGCGAAGGCUCUGCUGCACUCACGCCUAGAACAGCGUCCCCUUAUCCGUAUAAUGAGGAAAAAAACCGUGGAUGAUGCACGCAAAGGCCUGGAGCAGCUCCGCCUGGAGCAGCUCCACCUGGAGCUGGAGAAACUGAGGACGGAGGAUGCUGUGAAAAUGAAAACCCAGACCCAAGGGAUUCAGCGUUUGGAGGGGCGCUUCCCCGAUCUGGCCGACAACCAUGGAAAAAUGACCCAGUUCAAGGACGAACACAGGACAUGGUGUAUGUGGCUGUGGGAGGAGAAUAAACGCCUGCAGCAGGAGAACGAAGCGCUCUUCAGCCAGACUGCGAGGGAGGAGGAAGCUGAAGCGCUCCAGCUCGCCGCCCGGGCCAGAAAGCUCUCGCAGCAGUUAGACUGCUUACAGGAGAAAUGUCCUUAAGAGCGCCGCGGAGCCCAGGAGCGAGAAAGGGAGCUGCCAGCAGCCCAGAGCCAACAAGCAAGUGCCUACACGUGGGAAGUCGAUUCACUAAAAAGCAGCCGUAACGCCUUGCAGGAGAAGCACCAACAAACUGAGCACCCAGAGCACGCGGGAGGUCCGCACAAGGCUCGGGGUAGCGAGCUGCAGGCCAAGCUGGAGAGGGCAAACGAGGAGAAAGAGCGAGUGCUGAACCUGGCCACGGAGCGGGGCAGAGCUCUGCAAGAUAAGCAACGGGAAAUUCAGCAGCUGGGGAAGGGGCUGGAGAGCGCAGAAAAAGCCAGGCAGGGAGCAGGAAAGCACCUUGCGGAAGAGGCGGCAGCGGACAACGAUCCGAAGGUCUGAGAGCUCCAACGACAGCUUGAAAGCAGCAAGCAGGCACACAGAGGACUUGUGCUGCGGUUUGAUGCUCACAGAAAGCACAGUACGGAUUUACCGACCAAAGAAAAAGCGCUGAAUGUCAAACUCCCGUCAGUUCUAUCACAUAACUGGAGCUUUCUCCUCUGUUCUCAUCUCGGCAGGUGCCUCUACGGUAACUCACUGCUGUGCUUUGUUCCUUUCCGUGAGACCAUCUUCUGACAGAGACCAUCUUCUGCUUUCUCUGUAAUGUACUCACCAGCUUCAGUCC